ACUCACUCUAAUCUCCAAUUCGAUUUAUAAAUAUAAUACAAACCGACAGACACAGACCCAAAAUGAAGACCACCCUCAUCUCCACCGCCCUGACCCUCUUCACCGCCGCCUUUACCAUGGCUGCGGCCGCCCCCGCCCCGGCCACAGGCCCAAUCCCGGGCGUUGCUUCUUUCAAGCUAAAAGCCGAUUCUAGCGCCCCCACCGGACUCGCCGGGCGCACAGUGACGUGGGACGGAACAACCGACGGCAACCUCGGCUUCACUAGCGGGGCCGAAGAACUUAGCGCCUUCAUCCAGUACAACGCGACCGAGGGCAUCGCCUUUUACACCCGUCACACAACACUCCAGAUGUACCUCCGCCCGACGCAUGGCGGCCUUUACUUUGCCAAGCUGGGGAACCCCCUCAAUGAUCCUGCUCCGGCGCUGACGCUGUCCACGAAUUUCACGGUGGACGCGCGGGCUACCGAGCCUGGGGCGGUUCGUUACAUCUUUGGAUACAAUGAGAAUGUGGGUGCUUGGUCCGCUUGUGGGGGGCCGGAGGAGUAUACACUUUAUUUUGGGGCGGUUGCAGUUCCUAGACCUGGGUGCACGGCCAACUUUGGGCUUGAUUUAUUCUAUGAGUAGGUUUGUAGGUGUGGGUGAUUGGCUGUGAUGGUGAUUAGUCUUGGGUGUUCUGUGGUUGGGGGGCUGUUGAACGGGGGUGGAUCCCCACCGCAGGUUGUGGAACAAAGUUGAUAGAUGAGGCGAAGGAAUUGAGUAAUGGAUGGAUGGAUGGAUAUACAUGAUUUCUUUAUUCUCUUGCGAUCCUAAUUAUUAACUAGAAUAAAUAUUGCUUUCUUUACUGGAGAAGAAAA